CUUAUUAUUACUUAUUGUUAUUAACUUAAGUUAACAUGUUGUUUUGGGUGAAUAAAGAACAAAAGAAUCAAAGGAACAUGGUGAUUUAAAUAUGUGACCUGUGUUACAGUUAAUACUCCACAGACGUGUAAUACUCCCUGUAAUGACAGUAGUUCUAGCACUGGGGCAUCUGGGAUAUUUUAGAGCAAAAUGAGCAUUCUUCUAAAACUAUUACUUGCUCUACAUUGUAUUUGGCCUUUUUCACUUACAUUAUAUUUUACAUUUCAGGGAGACUUGGGAAUGGAAGGACCUCGUGGAGGAGUGGGAUCUCGAGGAGAAACGGGCGGAGCAGGAGACGCAGGAAGCUCAGGACCAAAGGGGCCCAAAGGUGUCAAGGGUUCUGAUGGAAACGAGGGAGAGCAGGGUCCACAGGGCAAAGAAGGACAAAAGGGUCAAAGUGGAGCUCCGGGGUUCAAAGGUGACAUCGGCGACAGAGGAUACAACGGGUAUCCAGGUGAACCCGGAGGUCGAGGGGAGACUGGGGAACAGGGCAGCAGGGGUAAUGAUGGAUUACCAGGCAGCGACGGAGACCCAGGAGAGGACGGCCCCAUUGGAGUCCCGGGGCUCAUGGGAGAGCCAGGACCCUUCGGACCAAAGGGAGCUAAAGGAGACCGUGGCGUGAGGGGACGAAGAGGAAGAGUUGGAGCUGUGGGCGAGGGAGGAGCUCCAGGAGACGCAGGAGUUCACGGAAAACCAGGCUCCAAAGGACUGCAGGGCUCAGUGGGGGCAAAAGGUGAAGUGGGACCUGAUGGAGAGAAGGGAGCUACCGGGAAGAAAGGAGUCAAAGGUGCCAAAGGACAAAAGGGAGGAAGAGGUGACCGUGGAGACAAAGGACAGCGCGGGCCUAAAGGAGCUGUUGGACCAGACGGAUCCGCAGGACCGGUCGGACCUCCAGGAAUCCCAGGGUCCAGAGGAAAGCGAGGGCCCAGCGGAGACUCAGGUUCAUCAGGCAAACCAGGGCCCAAGGGAGUCCUCGGAGCUCCGGGCCCUGGUUUGACAGACGAGCAGGUCCUCCAGCUCUGUCGGGGGGUGGUGGAGGCGCAGAUAUCCCAGUACGCUGCAUCGAUUCGGGCAAAGUGCUCUCAGGGCUGUCCCAUCAACAACCGCACACUGAUGGGGCCCCCAGGAGUCACUGGACCCCCGGGUAGCAUCGGCAAACAGGGUAAACCUGGUAAAGCUGGAGCCAAAGGAGCCAGAGGAGUUCAGGGCGACAGAGGACUGGAAGGAACGAAGGGAGCAGAUGGAGAGACAGGUCAAAAAGGAGCCAAAGGAGCAGCCGGUGAACCAGGAACAGGCCUCCCCGGACUAGACGGACCCCAGGGAGUCAGAGGUGACCCAGGCUAUGCAGCAGAGCCAAAGGAAGGUAUGGAGGGCCCCCGCGGUCCCAGAGGUCACCCAGGCCCGGUGGGUCUGAUCGGGGCCCUGGGAGUCACCGGAGUCCCUGGUUUCUGCGAGGCCCGAGACUGCACCAUCUACGCCCCAGUGAUGAGCAAGGAGCAGGGGCUGGUCAAGUCCCACACGGCUGCCAAGAUCUGACCCGGUUUACACUUAGACCAGGUUUAGACCAGGGUUAGACUUUAGACUGAGAUCAGACCAAGUUUAGACUGGGGUUAAAAUUGGUUUAGACCCGGUUCAGACCUGGUUUAGACCAGGGUUAGACCAGGUUUACACUGGGAUUAGAACUAGUUUAGACCGAGUUAAGACCAGGUUUAGAACUGGUUUCGAUAGAGUCCAAAUUUCAGACCGGGUUUUGACCAGGUUCAGAACUGGUUCAGAUCUGGUUGAGUCCUGAUGAAGUCCUGCUGUAGUUCUGGUUUAGAUGUGGAUUUUAGUCCUGGCUCUGUUCAUUUUAGACAUUUCUUUUUUGUUACUGGAUUACUGUAAAAUGUGUGGUUAUAAUUACUUGUAGACACUAUAAAUACUGUAUAUAACAACUGAAAGUUUGUCAGUUUCCAAAAUAUGACAAAACAUUUAGACUUACUGAUUUCAGAUGUUCUCUAGAGAGUUUAGUCCUUGUAUUUAGUUCUGUCCUAAAUCUAGUUUGGACCCAGUAUAGUCCUGGCAUAGACUUAGAUUAGUCGUGGUGUAGAAACCAUUUAAUUCUCAUGGGACCUGGUUUAGACCUGGUUUAGACUUGGUUUAGACCUGGGUUUAGACCUGGUUUAGACCUGGUUUAGACCUGGUGUAAACUUGGUUUAAACUUGGUUUGCUUAUGUUACAGAACUCUGGGAAACUCCACAGUUUGGGAGUAAAUAUUGUAACUGUCCACAAUACUUGGUACAGGAUCAAUUAUGAGAUCACAUUUGUUGGUUUUAGGCUUCAUGUUUUUUGUUGUUAAAUAAAGGAAAAAGAAUAAACAUUUGUAAAUAUUUUGUAAA